AGCUUUCCUUUUUUAACUCAGACCAUUCUAUCCGGAACUGUUGAGCAAUAUUUACUGCUUCAAACUCGAAAAGAAAAGCCGCUUUUAAGUGCAAAAGGAGCUCCUGUGUACAGAAGAAGCCUAAAAUUUAUCGCGACCAACGAUGGCCACAGCUGACGAAAUUUGUGGUACUUACGUUCUCUCCCACUGGGAGGGAAAGGUGACCCCGGCGGCGGCAACGUUGACGAUUCACCAUUGUGGAGACGUCGUCACGGUGAAUGCAACCGUUUCAAACGACAUGACUGGCCAGGUGAAGUUCGAGCCUAACUAUCUUGUUGGCCAGUUAGAAUUGUCGGAGAACCAGCGACCUGACCAGAAGCAGGCAGCCGUGGAGGAGGCACUCAUGAACGGGUUUUCGGAUGGCUUUCAUGCUAUUUUGGAGACAAAUAAGCUGCUGCUGAAGAACUCUACCACAUCUUUUGUAUUUGUGCAAUCAGCGAAGCUCUCUGACAUCUUUGGCGAGCACGCCAUCAUUGCAGUCAACAACCAGCCGCCGAACCAGGAGAUGACGAUGCGGUUUGUUCCCGACGGCAACGGUGGCAGCUUCGUUGUCGUGAACAUUGCAAACUCGCUGCGUGGGCAGUGCCAGAUUGAGUCCGGGCUUCUGCGCGGUGAACUCGCUUCCACGUUGGUCAACGCCGAUGAUGAUCUUGCAGCGGUGGAGAACGAGAUUCGCCAAGGCCUCCACGACGGAUUCCAGAUCCACAAGAACGAAUCUGGUAUUCUUCUGCAGUCUUCCGCUGGGAGCAUUCAACUGUGCCAGAUUGUAAGCCAAAAGGAUCUGGAGGGCGAGUACGUUCUCAAAUCCUUCAACGGCAACAUUGUUCCAACGACGAACCAGCCCACCGUUGUUUUUACCCCGAAGGGUGAUAACCAGGUGGGCAUUUCAAUUGUCGUGGCCAAUCGCAUUCGCGGCACCGCGGUGCUGGAGCAGAACAUUCUGACGUCUGAGGAGCCGCUAAUGUCGACCCGCAUAGUGGGCACAACGGAAGAAUCGAAUUUGGAAGGUGCUUUUAAUGUGGGCUUUCAGUACGGCCUUGAGGCUAUUUCGCGCGGCUCUGAGCUGACACUGAAGAAUCAGGACUGCGAAUUUGUUUUGACGCGGGUCGCAGCUCCAGAAGUUCAGAACACCGGUCCGACCUACAAGGGCACUCAUUGCACCAAGUGCUUUAAGACGGAGGGCAACGGAUUACUGUUCCGUAUUGUCAACGAGAACGAAAAGAAGUGGGCUUUUUAUAACGACACAGAGGACCACCGUAUGCACGUGCAGGCGAGCUUUGGCUCGCGCUCCUCCAUUGAGCCGCUGAACAACGCGAGAAUGUACCAAGACGAAGAUGGUCGUUUCAUUGUUGAGGUCACCGUCAACCCACAGACCACGGAGAUGUUCAUUCACGGCGACGUCAAUGGAUUCAAGAUGACGUACGACGCGCAGCCGAUUUGA